GUCCACGUAGUUCCAUCUGCAGAAGUAAAUACAUGUGCUACUUUGCAGGUUCAAUGUAGGUAUAUCAAUAUUCAGAUUCCCGCUACGUUAGUCCGUGAACACAGUAGAAUUCUUUAUGGUAUUUUGGUUAUUUUGAAACGUUAGUUCGUUCUCUGGAAAAGAUGAAAACUCUGAUUAAGGUUGUAGCUUUAGGGCUUAUUUGGAUGCGCGGCGCAGAAUGUGACAUCAGAUCGGCAUCGAAAAUAGACAUUCCACAUCCAGAUGGAUGUGAUCCUUGGGGAGUACGGUUUAAUAGUUCAUGCUUCUACUUUGGGGACAACCCGAGCGACGGAUCCGAAUGGGUUCCCCGUCCUUAUCACAAUUUCGAUAAUGCACGACAAUUUUGCCAGACAAAAUUCACCAACGCCGAUCUAGCCACCAUCGGCAGCAUGCAGGAGCAGCAACUGAUGUCGAACGUAAUUUCGCGCAUUGGUGCAGAAUUCUGGAUUGGUUUGAGGGAAAACAGUGAUCCAUGGACUGCCUUCAACUACUGGGUAGACGGCAGCCGAGUAAAGGUUAGUAAUUGGGGAUAUGGACAGCCAGCCAUUUCUCCAUCUGUUGUAAACAGCUGUGUGGGUUUGCGAGGAUCAUAUGGUAAAGAGCAUUUACCCGGCGACUGGUUCGUGGAUAAUUGUAGCGUACGGAGAUAUGCCCUGUGCAGAGCUCCAGUUUCUGACCGGGUCACCACCACAAGCCGCCCACAACCUACGUACACUACUCCUCAACCUCCUACUACGGAUCCAGCGUAUAUAGAUACAACCAGCACAUGGCCUUCCGCAGGCCCGGUGUCGCCGGUUGAUGUUCCAUCCUAUCUGCUUGAACCGUUGAACAUUUCUCGCAGUCUUGGACGAAUGCAGUUUCCCGAAGGUGAUCUGGAUCUGAUGGACUCGCUGACGACGGUGUUUGACGGUGACAACACCCUUGACUGCCGUGUGAUACUGCACGAUCAGCAUUCGUGGAUCUUGGCUAAAGCCGGCGAAGCCAGACAGAAGCGUUCAUCGUAUUACGAACCGAUUACAGUGCAGUGUACAUGUACGCGGGGGAAUUUAACUGUUUCCAGCCUGGAUCCCGGGAACUCGGAAUCCAUUGGUUUGGUUUUCCGCAGCGGUGGAUCCAAGAAAUGCAUGGAGACAUAUAGAGAGUUUUUGACCUAUUUGAAUGGAUUUUACAAAGUAUAAGUUAUGUUGUUGAUUUGACGGUGUUUGGCAGUGCGCGUGAGCCAACAUGCAGAAGAUCUCUAUCAACGAAAAUGGUUAUUCUGAAGCCAGUUUGCGAUAACUGUUGACUCUGCAUUGUUUAAUUUUGCUUGCAACGUACAGAUUUUUUAUUGGACUGGCUAGCGGCUAUCGUUCGUAAUGUAGUGGAACUUUCUACCAGCUGAGCUCUAACCGGUGCUGCGAAUUCCAGUCGUUACUUCCAGUCGUUUCCAGUCGUGACGGGCCGACAUCGUGUCGUUCGACUUAGUGCUGGUCGACAAAUGGAGGGUCACCGUCGCACAGCACAACUUCACACGAUAUGUUGCCCGAUUCUCAUCGCUCUGGAAUUAGGAAGUGCAAACGCAUGCGUUCGUGCACCAGUAUACAGAGUCACUUUAUAUACUGGAUAAAUGACCACGAAUCAGACAUUAUUGAGCCACCUGUACGUAAUUAUGCGUCGCGGAAAUGGGA